AUGUACGAACUUCCGGUUCUCCCGACAGCUGCAGCAGCUGCCGCCUCUGCCACCUGCUGUGGCCGGGUCUUAGCCCGGGAUUUGGUCACCCUUUUUUCGUUCUUCACCGCGCCCAUGGUCCCAGCUGGAGCCAGGGCGGCGGGCCCCGCAGCUCCCAUCUGGUGAGAGGGCGGUCCAGGGAAAAUGAAGGCGACGCACUGUAGCUGCUGCCUCCGCCACCUCCUCGCCUCCGCCCUCCUGCUGUUGCUCCUGCUGCCAGAGUUGAGAGGGCCCUUGGCGGUACUGCUGCAGGCGGCCGACGCCGUGCCGAAUCCCAGGCCUCCGGACCGGGGGCCGCGGACCCUGCCACCUCUGCCACCCGGCCCCACAGCUGCCCAGUCCCCAGGCCGCGCUCCAGCCGAAGCCGCGGGACCGCGGGGAGCCGAGGGCGGCAAUGGCAGCACUCCCGGGGCGGGGCUUGCCGCGGGCGGCCCAGGCGGGAAGGCGGGGGAAGAAGGCUCCGUGGGUGGCGUCCUCGCUGUGAGCCCCAACCCCGGCGAUAAGCCCAUGACCCAGCGAGCCCUGACCGUGUUGAUGGUGGUGAGUGGCGCGGUGCUGGUGUACUUCGUCGUCAGGACGGUCAGGAUGAGAAGAAGAAACCGAAAGACUAGGAGAUACGGAGUUUUGGACACUAACAUAGAAAACAUGGAACUGACACCUUUAGAACAAGAUGAUGAGGAUGAUGAUAACACAUUGUUUGAUGCCAAUCAUCCUCGAAGGAAAAGACAUGUUGGAAUAGAAGAGGAAUUCGUUGAGUGGAGGAAAACUGGAGUCCAGAAUCAGAUAAGAAUGUGCCUUUUGAUGAGAGGACUUCAUCUUUCUACAAUGAAAAGCAGAAUUUCUAUGUUUAAGGAAUAAAAAGCCACUUUAUCAAUGGGGGGGGUAUUUAAGUUACAUAUAUUAUGAUAACCUUUAAUUUGCUGUUGCAAUAAAUAUGUAUCAUUUUGUUAUGUAUUUCUCCAUAUAGAAGUGCUCUUAAUGGGCUCAGAGUUGUUGGCAGUAAACUGCACUAUUAUAAUAGAGAUCUGAAAAUUACUUUAAAGCAGGGUGUUUUCUGAUCUGUUUUUCUUUCUUGCUUACCUUAUUAUUGUAAACUGUUUAUACACUAAUCAGUUAAUUAUUUUUGGGGCUGGUUAAGGUUUUUGUUUGUUUGUUUUCCUGGAACUAUAAAUUCCAACAGCCAACUGGUGUGUAAAAAUAAUUUAAAAAUUUCUUUACCAAGAUGUAUUUCCCAU